AUGUUUGGAUUCUCAGCUGCUUACCUGAACACAUUCUUCCCGACCAUGGGCCGCAAAUAUCCUUCGGAAACGCCUCGUAGUGCCAUGCGUGGCCAGUGUAAUGGAUCUAGUGUCUUGGUACAACGCACACAUAAAUCACCUUCCUUAGAGUGCAGUGCAGAUUGGUUUAAACAAGAAAUCAAAUGUCAAAUGGAACGAGGUGGUUUAUUUGAGGAUCCAUUUAUGCCUGCUACCGACUCAACUAUCAAAUCAGGAUCUGGAUCGAGUAAACAAAGUUACAGAUGGCUAAGACCUGUUGAACUUAGCAGGUGCCCACGUUUUGUUGCAGAUGGAGUUAGUCGCUUCGAUAUUAAACAAGGUGAACUUGGAAACUGUUGGGUUAUAGCUGCCUUGGCCUCAUUAUCAAUGUAUCCAGAAUUAUUUAAUCAAGUUGUCCCACCUGAUCAAUCAUUUGAAAAAUCAUCAAAAUAUCCAUAUGUUGGAAUGUUUUGGUUUCGAUUCUGGCAAUUCGGUGAUUGGUACGAUGUUGUUGUAGAUGAUCGUUUACCAACUCGUAAUGGACAUUUAGUAUUUAUGCAUUCCGCAGAUCCUAAUGAAUUUUGGUCAGCUUUAUUAGAGAAAGCCUAUGCUAAACUUGUGUCGUCUUAUGAUGCGCUUCGUGGUGGGUGUACAGCAGAAGCAAUGGAAGAUUUCACUGGUGGUCUUACAGAACUUGUUGAUUUAGGUGCGAAAGCGCCUACUAAUAUAUUCGGCAUUAUGGAACAUGCACUGAAUCGUGCCUCUUUAAUGGCUUGUAGUAUUGAUGCUGAUCCACAUGAGAUUGAAGCGAAUGGUCCGUUAGGAUUAAUUCUUGGUCAUGCCUAUUCUGUAACCGAUAUACGACAGGUUCAUACUAAUUAUCAAUCUCAAAGUAUUCGUCUAAUCCGUCUACGUAAUCCAUGGGGUAACGAUCGUGAAUGGUCAGGUCCUUGGAGUGAUCAAUCUAGAGAAUGGAGAAAUAUUCCACCUGAUGAACGAAAACGAAUUGGUCUCACUUUUGAUGAAGAUGGUGAAUUUUGGAUGUCUUUCGAUGAUUUUGUACGUUAUUUCUCACGUCUUGAGUUAUGUCACCUUGGACCAGAAUCCAUAGCUUACAGUCCAGGUCCUGUCAACCGUCGUUGUAAUAAACGUCAAUGGGAAAUGAUAUGUGAAGAAGGUGAAUGGUUGCGUAAUUCAACUGCUGGAGGUUGUUCAAAUUUUCCCAAUACAUUUUACAUGAAUCCACAAUUUCAUGUUGAGGUUGUUGAUCCAGAUGAGUCAGCUACAGAUGGUAAUGGCACUCUUGUAGUUGGUUUGAUGCAGAAGGGAUUAAGAGAAAAACACAUUGAACCUCAUGUGAUUGGUUAUUCUGUAUUUCGGAUGCCUCCAUCUGCUCCAAACAAUCGACUGUUAGAUCGAAGGUUUUUUAUGACUAAUUCAUCUGUAGCUCGAUCACCGGUAUUUAUUAAUAUGCGUGAAGUUUGUGGUAGGCAUAAAUUAAAACCAGGCCAUUAUGUGAUUAUCCCGUGUACAUUUAAUCCAAAUGAAGAAGCUAAAUUUAUGCUGCGUAUAUUCUCUGAACGAGCAUGUGGUUCAAAUGAGUUAGACGACGAUACUCGGAUCACUUUUAUAGAUGGACCUGAUCACCCAAUUAGAACAGCUGAUGAUAAUUUAAUAGAGAAAUUGCAAGUUGUCUUCAAUAAAAUAGCUGGUCCAACUGGAGCAAUCACAUAUACUCAAUUACAAGAUAUAUUAAAUGAAGCAUUUACCAAAGAUUUUCCAUUCGAUGGAUUUAGUCGAGAAACUGCUAGAAGUAUGAUGGCCUUAAUGGAUGCUGAUUUAAGCGGUGGUUUGGGCUUUGAUGAAUUCAAAAAGCUAUGGAUGGAACUACGCAUUUGGAAGACUAUUUUCAAAAAAUUCGAUGAAGGUCAUACUGGUAGCUUAGAAGCUUUCGAAUUAAGAAAUGUAAUGAGGACCAUAGGUUUUCAUGUCAGUAAUAUGAUUUUCAAGGCUAUUGCUUGUCGAUAUGCAAAUGAAAAAGGUCAAAUUUUAUUUGAUGAUUACAUUUUGUUAUUGAUCCGACUAUCCACUGUUUUCGAAACAUUCAAAGCACAAGAGCGCACUCGAGAUGGCCGAGCUGUCUUUGGAGCUGACGAUUUUAUUCGCUCAGUUAUAUAUAUUUAG